AUGGCCAGCCAUGGGCGCGGCGGACCCGAGGGAGCAGGGGUUGUGCUCCGCGGGCCCAAGUCACCGCUGUGGCUUUGCUCCUGCGGCUGCGCAUCCAACUGGGCCAGCAGGCUCAGGUGCAGAGAGUGCGACAGGCCGUGCUCCACCAAGGUCGAGGACGCCGCCAGGACGGCUCACAAGGAGGCGACCAAGGGCGGGCCCAGGCCGGGUAGCCACCAGCAGCCCCGUGGCGUCUGGGCGCGGCAGAAGCUGGCCCCGUGGGGGCACGACAAGCGUCAGCGCCAGGACAGCGAGCUGGCCGCCCUUCGGCAGCAGGUCGGGGCGCUCAAGGCAGACAGCGCCAAGGCCAAGCUCACCGCCCUCAGUGACCUCAAGGAGGAGCUCCAGAAGCUGGGAGGAGGCGAGCAGGCCACGAGCUGCGUCAAGGCUGUGGAGGCCAAGUACUCCGAGCCGCCCAAGCCCAAGAGCCUCCCAGCCCUGGAGGGGCAGCGCAGGAAGCUCGAGGGCCAGCACCAGAAGGCACUCGCCAAGGUCGCAGAGCUCGAGGACCAGCGUGCCAAGCUCGACCUGCGGAUCUGCGAGGCCAAAGACUCGGUCGCAGAGCUCAAGGGCAAGCUGCAGGCGGCCGACGCCGAGAUCGAGUCCCGCCACGCCGCUGGCGUCCUCGGCGACGGGCUCAGGGGCUUGGCCAAGGUCCUCGAGCAGUUCAAGGCUACGGCAGUGGAGAACCAGGCAGUACUUCACGGACUCAUCCAGUUGCAGGACGAGGUGAGUCUGUCCCCGUCCCAGACGAGCUGGUCGACAGUCUCAUGGAGGAAGCCCCAGGACGGCGAAAGCUAUGAGCAGCGCCGCAAGCGCUUCAGCGACAUCAUCGGGGCCCACCUGUCGCUCUACUCUGUCAAUGCGAACACCGAGAAGGGCUAUCGGGACUUCCUCGACUGGCUGGACGGCCUGCACAGUCUCGAAGUUGCAGGGCCGACGAGGCGGCCAGUAGCAGACAUCACAUUCGUGCAGGAGACGCGGGUGCGUGAAUUCGGCAGAGAGACAGUCCAGCGUUGGCAUCGGAGGCGUGGUUUCGACUUCGGCCUUGCUGCGGGGCUCAGCACGGGUGACGCGCCUCAGUCCGUCUCAGGCGGGGUGGGCAUCGGUGUUCGGCAGCGGUUUGCGGUUGCCACGCUCGACGCCAAGUUCAAGCAGCCCCACCGCGUGCUCAGACGGGUGGUCAACGUAGGCGACGGGCUCGCCAUCGAUCUCAUGUCUGUCUACCUCCGCGACGGGGAGGGCAUGAGUGAGGCCAACGCAGACAUCCUAUGGGACGCGGCGUCGCAGCUCAGGGUGGCGGCGCGGCCGUGGAUUCUAGCUGGCGGCUUCAACAUAGACCCCCUCCAGGUCGCGGCGCGGGCGGCGCCGGCUGGCGGACUCGCGCUACAUACAGAAACAGCGACCUGCAGGGCGGGGGCGCUCAACGAGGUCGGCUUCGCGAUCAUCUCCAACGAGCUCCAGCAGUUCGUGUUCAGCCACGGGCCCGUGGUCGAGGCCCCCAUCGGGCCGCGCAGCCCCGUCCCGUUGGAAGUGCGAGGGCUGCAUGCAGACGCCACGGUGCAGCAGCUACACCGCACGGCUCGGCUGCCGUUCGAUCGGGCCAUCGGCUGCUUUCCAUGGGCCCCGCUGCCUGCCUGGACCUGGGAGGAAGGCGCGGUCCCCCCUAGCCCGCGGGCGGCCAUGCAGGAGUGGCUUCGGCACGCUGAGGGCCACCUUCUCCCGCUCUACGACCUGCGCGGCGACGAGGCUCAGAAGUUCGCUGGCAGGGCGGACGGAGUGCGCUUCGCCAACGUUUCGAUUGCCGACGCCAGCCGCCGCCGUUGGGCCCAGCUCAGCUCGAAUGAGACCCACGCCUGGGGUGGGCUGGUCAGCCUGUUGCAGCGCGCGGCCUUGCUGGUGGCGCGAGGGAAGGACCUACAGGGCUUGGCCAGCCUGCGCAGUCGUCUGGCUGCGACGCGCCUGGCCGACUACGACGGCAGCAUGGCCCCUGUGCCCAGAGGUGGGCUGGGCGCUGCGGCUACCUCUAGCGACGCGGCCUUGAGGAGGAGGCCCAUCGAGCACGCCAGGGUCCAGCGGCAGGCCAGCCAGCGCAGCGACGCCGCAGCCGCCAGGAAGCAGCCCGAGCCGCUGGCCAAGGCGACCCUCGUCACGGCGGACGAGGGCGAGGGCGACGUGCUGCCCGUCAACGGCGACGAGGCAGUGCAGCAUUGCCUCAAGGAGUGGCUCCCGCUUUGGCUGGAUCCUCGGCGCCGAGGAGGACUUGGGGAAGCGGCCAGCUGGGAGGUGACCGAGCCGCUGCCGAACCUCGAAGUGGGCAGCCUCAAGUACCUGCUCAAGCGGUACGGGAGGCUCCUCGAGGUGCUGGCCAGCUGGGAGGACUCGCCCGAGGCCUACUUGGACUGGCUCUCGGUCAUCGUCUUCCGCGCCAAGGCUGACGGUGGCACGAGGCCUAUUGCGCUCACCUGCCUUCAGGUUCGUUUCUGGUCGGCCAUGCGCGGGCCCAUCGUCAGGCAAUGGGAGGCGCAGCACCGCGAGGCCUGGUACAUUGGCGGGGAGCUCAACACGUGUGAGAGGGCUGGCUGGGUACACCAGACCCUCACGGCCCUGGACUAUGAGACAGGCCUCAGCACGGGCGCGGCCCUGGGCGACCUGCGGAAGUUCUACGAGAACAUCAGCCACCAGGUUGCGGCCUUCUACCCCAGCGUGCGGCUGGGCAGCGUCGUCGACGACUUCGCGCUCCAGACCGUUGGCGCCACGGGCAUGGUGAAGGCAGUGCUAGGGCCCGCCACGCGCAUGCUGUUGGGCUGCUUCGACGAGAAGCGGGUGCCCGUCUAUUUCGGGAAGCUAUGCUACCUCGCACCCGACGCGGAGGUUGCGAAGCAGCUGGAGUCGGAGUGGCCCGCCGAGGACGGCAGGGCGCAGCGUGGCAGGCUGCUAGGCAACGACGUGCACGACGGGCGCUGGAGGCGCACCGCCCUCGGGGCGCAGCGCGUCGAGGAUGCGCUGGCAAGGUCUCGGCGGCUGCAGGUACUGAGGACGGCUGGCGCCAAGGUCGCCACGGUGCAGAGGGGCGGCCCCACGGCAGCCGCCACCUGGGGCUCGGCCACGACUGGCCUCGCCCCCUCGGUCCUACACGGGCUACGGGUUGCUGCAGCGCGUGGCGAGGGGCCAUUUGCGCCGGGUGCAUCCGUCGGCCUGCGGCUGAGGUGCUACCCUAAAGGCAUCGAGAGGGACCCCGCGGUGGUGAACGCAGGCCAGGUCGUGCUGCAGUUCGGCAUGGCGCCCUGGCUGGGCUACCCCACUCCGUUCGCCCUCAACGCGCUGCUGGAGAUGGCCAAGCAGCGGUUCGCGACGGCGAAGCGGCCGCGGGCAACCUGCAGGGACCCCGUGGCAGCCUUUUUCCUCACCAUCAGCAGGCUCGGCUGGUCCAUCGAGGGCGGCAGGUACGUCACCACUGACCAGGGGUUGGAGGGAGCGGCCAAGAGGUGGUCCGACCGCGACGCCACCUUCAGGCUCUACUCCCAUCAGAGCUCGGAGUUGUACUGGGGUUCGCUGCAGCGGCUGGGCAGGACCAAGGAGUCGCUCGGCUGGCAGCAACACCAGCGAGCGGCCCUCCACUCGGUCAUCUCAGGCACGGUGCUCUCCCAGACGCGGCUCUACAAGAGAGGCAUGGCCUCCGAGUGGGACUGCCUCAUGUGCAGGGGCGCUCCUUGCACGCUCUGGCACAGGCUGUGCGGCUGCGACGGUCAUGCGGCCUUUCGUAAGGACGAGGCCUCGCCCGAGCUCCUUCGGCACGCGGAGGUGGCACGGGCAGCAGGAGGCAACUGCGGCGAGAUGUUUGGCAGGUGCCUCUUCCCGUCGCUCGACCAUGUGAUCCCGAGGCGCGACCCAGAUGGGGAUCCAGUUCGCUGGUAUCGGCGCCCAGCCUCGGGGUACCUCACCGGCCUCAUCUUCACCGACGGCAGCGCGGUCGGCACGCGGUGGCCAGAACUGCAGCGCGCGGGCUGGUCGCUCGUGCAGUGCGACAGACAUGGGCGCCUGGUUGCUGCAGCAUGGGGAUGGGUGCCCCUCUCCAUGGCGCCGCGGCAGGAAGCGCGGGACGGCGAGGACUACGCAUGCCACAUGGCGGCCUUCCUCUGCGAGGGCCACGUCGACUUCCAGACGGACUGCACAGGGGCGGUGGACUGCGCCCUGAGGGGAGCAGCAUGGGCAUGCCGCCCUGGGUCGCCGAGGGCCCACAUGUGGAACGCGUUCUACGCCUCCUUCGACGGCUCACGCAGCUACACGGUCACCAAGGUACUGGCCCACGCUACCGCUGCCGACGUUGAGGCAGACCGCACGACCUGGUGGCAGCGUGCAGGCAACAGGCUCGCUGACGAGGCUGCGAAGGAGGGUUCGAAGCUGGCGCUGACAGACGACCAGCUGGACGUUGCCUACGGCCUCGACCUCAUCGCAAGGCAGGCGAUGAUCUUCACGGGUAAGCUCCACGCGCGCAUGGCGGAUCGGAAGCAGAUCGAUCACGCCAGCGACGUCAUCCUGGAGUUCUCGGAGCCCGAGGCGGGCGACGAGGAGCCUGAGGCCAGCGGGGGCCACGCUGCCGAGCCCUCCUGGGUGGCGGCUGGCGCGGCGGUGGUGGCCCUAGCAGCUGCGCGGGCCUCGGCGGAGGGCGACGAGCCACCUGCAGCCCGACGACCUCGGCAGCCUUGGUCGAUCGGAGGCCACGCCAUCGUCGAGCGGGCCGUCACGGGGCCUGGCACGGACGGCACCACCAUGGUCCACUGCGUGAAGUGCUACGCCUAUGCCCACCAGCGCACGCAGGGCAUCCUGAGGCCGCGCGGCACGGGGGCAGGACGCCAGCAGGGCCACGGGUAG